UUUGCACCGCGACUGCGAUCCGAAGCACCAGCACGAUCACUUGCAUGUGCACUUUGCGGACAAUAAGGAAAUAAAUUCCCUACCUAGCGACCACACAUCACGUCAAGUCGCCAUGGUGCCUGAUCGUGCUGGUGGAGAUCUAGAUCAUGCAACGACUGAUGUAGUCAACACGUCAACAAAAAAGUUGGUAUCGCCGCCACGUCGACCUUCCUCGCUGCACUAUGAUGAUGAGGAUCCACGACCUAGAACAAUGGAGGCUCCUGCAGGAGAAAAAAUAAAUGUUGACAAUAACUUUAACUCGACCUCCACGUACAACUACCCCGGUGCGGCCGCCCGGGACCACGAGAAUGCGGCUCUACUGCUGAGUGCGGGAGAUGAAGUUGUUGUACUAGUGGAUACUACUAGUGCUACGAAUGGUGCAGAAGUGGGACACGUUCAUGAACAUGCUGCUGCAGAUCAGGAACAGGAGAUGGAGAAUGAUGAAACACAAACAACCCCCUCGUCCCGCGAAGGCUGUUGCCGGUGCACGAAAAUGUGCGUCCUGAUCCUUCUCCUCAUAUUUCUUGUCCUCGCAGGCGGUGCGUGCGUUUUCAUUUUCGUUCCCUGGUUCGACGGUUGGACUGAAUCCUGGUACACAAGAUGGAGAAAAGGAUGGGACGACUCUAUUACAGUGAAAAGUGCCCCCCACUCCUGAAAUUGCAAAAAUUUGUGAUGCGAGGUUUCCAAAUGAAAACUUUUCGUCAUGCAUGAAAGGAGUAUGAAUCUACUUUCUGAUGCAGAGCCUAGGCGUGUAUCGCAUCGCCUGCAUGACCAGCGCCGCUCUUGCUAGCGUCUUUUGCUAUACAAAUUUUUGCUAUUCACGAUUGGGAACCUGUGAUGCUGAUAGAUGCAAGAGGGCGAGUGUUUCACUUGGAAGGGUUUGCAAUACAAACGCUCCCAAGUUCGGGGGUGGGAGCAUUUUUCAUUGCAAUAGACUCUCAACAGCCUUCAUGGCCUUCUCAACCUGGUUCUCAAUCUCAACACCACGUGGAGAUCGACUACAACGACGGCCCAGGGGUGUGGCCAACAGCGGACUUAGAAAACGUUAAGGAACCAGUGGGAAUGAUGCACGAGAAAUACCACGGCUUUUUGACCCAAGCCUCGAUUGACUACGUGGAAAGGAAUUUCUACAAAAAAACUGUUGUUCCUGUUCCACCUGGUGGAGCACCACCACCUCCACCUCCGCCACAACCUCCUGUCCAGACGAAAAUUCCGCGAAAUCUGAUCCUCACGGCGUUUUUUGACGAAAAGGAUGUGACCUUGGACGAGUUUUUGCGGUAUCAGAAGUGGCGGGACCCGACAAAAACAGAAGGGUUUGCGCAGUGGGCCGAGUUGAACGCCGGACCGGGAAAGGAGUUUGAAGUGAAGUUCUUCAACCUGAAUGCGGCCAGAGAGUACCUGCAGGAGCAUUACAAAAAGGAGAUGCUCUGGGCAUUCGAUGCGUUCGAUACCUACUGCAUGAAAUCCGAUUUGUUCCGCUUGCUAGUCCUGUACCGGGAAGGGGGGGUGUACAUCGACUGGAAGCUCGCCCCGGUCGUCGACUGGGACAAGUUGUUGGAGAUGGCGUUUUCCGGGACGGAAAAGUUCCGGUCUCCAAGAAAAGUGACGAGAGACCCAGUGACGAAAAGGGUCGUUUCGGAGGAAAAAAUGCAGUCCAAGGACGACAUUGGACUCAUCUUCGCCUGCCAAGACUUCACGUUUUCGUUUGGGGUCGAAGACCCUAACUUUUUCGAAUCAUUCCCGGCCAUCAAGCAGUUGCCGAACUGGCCGAACCAAGACUCCUCACUACAAGGCUUGAUGAACGCUUUCAUCGCGGCGAAACCGCUAAACUUACUCCUCGGGGACAUGAUCUACCACUUAUUCCGCCGCGUGGAAUUGCACGCGUACGGAAACACCGUGUGGGAUACCACGGGGCCGAUAGGCCUCUACAUCUCCUUACUCCGCGUAGACCCGGUAUGGAUGUGUCAGGUUUGAAAUCGUCAGAGUUGAAAUAGUUUGCCAUGCAUAAAAUGGAUGCCAGUUCAAGUGGCCCAUGUUGGAGCCCAGUUUUCAAGUGGCCCAUGACAAGUUUUGGUGGUACCUAAAUCCAGUUUGUAAUGCUGUUUGGGUAAAGAAGACGCCUUUUGUCAUGCUACUUUAGCAGCUCUAUUUCUACCCCUCAACAGGCUUGCAAUAUGCCUCCCUUGCCUACUCUCCAAGACAGGCGCUCUGUGGGUUGCAUUUUAUGCAUCACAAAUUAUUUCAACUUUGACGAUUUCAAUCCUGACGCUUCCAUACCCGGCCACGAAAGUGACAAAAAUGCCAGAGGUGCUGCAGCAGGCCCUCGCGCGGCACCAACUACGAGCCGCGCGAAGGACGUUGUUUCGAACCGGGGGGCAGAUGACACAGACUUCACCUACUACACAGCGUCACCAGGGUUUAAUAAAUCUUCAAAACCGUGCACAGACUAGUGCAGCUCCGAACAAUUCGACGCCUUCAAACCUCGCCGGUUUCCUCGACUCUGCGCAGUGGACUAUCCAACGACAAGCGCGGCGGAAAAACGGCGAUGUGCUGGGAAAGUGGGAGUGUUCGCAGCUCCAGGGGGGGCCGGGCGACGCGGCGUUUCUGGUCUACAACGGAGGGAAGCACUGGUUUCCCAACCACGAAAUCGCCUAUUCCCAUCCGGGGAAUGACCCAGAGAUGGAUAAGCUCGCCGUGGUAAAAAACGUUUGGUCGGGCAAACACGCGGGCGGCGGAUGGAACCACGACGGCACCCAAGCGCUGCCGUCCGACAUCCCCCGCCACCUCAACGGGCGGAACUACAUGGAAGACUGGAAGGAAAGGAAGUGGUUCGCAGCCAACUGCUACGCAUUGCAAAUAUGUAGUCUGGGUCCUAGAAAGGAUCGCAAUUUGUGAUGCGAAUUCUACAUCAUGACGAAAUCAAAAUCUGCCAUGCAUGGCCAGCAAAAGGUCCCAUUUUUUCUGUAUGCCGAGAAAAGAGGGGCGCAUUAGGCAGCAUUUGGAGAGCUGCUCGAAAUAAUUAUCUGUGAUGCUAAAGCUUUCAUGCGGCCCGACGAUAUCCGGGUCUGGCAGAAACUGCAUGACAAAUCUCGCACCACUGCUCUUCCAGACGACCCAGACAUAAUAUAUUUGCAUUUGAUAACUGUUACGAGGAGGUUCCAGGGGUGUCAUGGCCGGGCGUAGCGGAUAAGGAGUACCAGUGUCGCUAAGAAGGGCAAGCCAAGGGACGACGAGAAGCUGCGCAAUGAAUGCAAAAGCAAAUAGUUGUACAAGGGUUUAUAGUUUGUAUAAUAUUGGUAUUGCUGCAUCAGCAUCAAUUGGCUAGUACGAGUAGUUUUUUGGGAAGAUGAUGUUCGUUUUGCAGCUUCUCUUGGAAGAACAUUAACAAGAAUAAAUCUACUAAAUGGUGAAGAACUGUAUAAUUAUUUUCGCUUUCUGUUUAUUCUCGCUUGGCCGUUCUCCCACCACAAGAUUCAGAUUCCCAUAUACUUUUCAGCGACAAUAUUACAUGCAUAUCCAUAUUGUUUAUCAUUGAUGUUGACAUAGAUUUCGAUCUCUCUGGAGUAUUUAUCUAUCUGAAAGCGAUGAAACUCUUGGAAAAGUUCAUACCUGGCAGCACUCUACUUGAGGACCUCCGAUUUAUGAAUUUUCAGGAAGUUGAUGUCGUCGAGAAAAAGCUUACAGGUUUAGAGUUUAGCAUUGCAUGUUAGCAUGCAGGUGAGAAGGAUGAGAUAGAGAUUGAAAUUGCAAAGGAUCUUUUACUAUGGCCUCGAAUUUUUUUUUUGAUCCAUGUCAUGCCCGGGCAGCACGGAAAGAAAGAUAAAGAAGUAGUAUCCUCGAGUCGAGAAGUUUAUUUUGAAAAGAAGUUGUUUAUCAGAUAAACAACUUCUUUGCAUCAAAAUGAUUUCUGUUUUGAAAACAAGUCAAACUACUUACCCCUGUGUAAAAUUUUAGUAUAUUUCCCUCCCAAAUUUACAUGAUCUUCAAGUAAAGAUAAUCAUGUUCUUCAUGCCGUGUAUAAUCAGAACCACCAUUUAGCAGAUCAUAUCAUCGUGAGACGAUGUACAACUAGGCGACACAACAUAUGGAGUUCUCAAAUGUUACAUUCUCAACUGUUACAUGAUUUGUCAUGCAAAACUACCAUUAUCAUCCACACGAUCAAGCUGCUCUGCAUGACAAAUCCUGGAAGGGCCAAACAGGCUGACAAUCUGCGCCAAGUCUGUCAUGCAAGACGCGCAAUGCCCCCCCUUUCAUUUUUCCCAUUCUUGCAUCACAAAUUCAUGUAACAGUUGACAAUGUAACGAUUGAGAACGCCAUACAACAUUUCCGGUUCCGACCAGAUAAAAAUCGCGCUUGGAAUUAGAAGUCCAGACCGAUUUAAAUUAUACAACAACAUCUUAGUUUUACAGCUUCAGGGGGUAGUUCUAGUUCUUUUACCUUUUACUUUUUCAUCCACAGGGUUUUUUAGGCCGCGUCAUCAACAACUUUAUCUUGUUUUCCGCACCUCGUCAGUUGUAUCUCUACCGACGACGAGGAGCAGAAAGAAAUUGAACAUAUAAGCGCCUAAAUUAUAGCCCAAAAGUAGUAGAGAUGGAAGAAAACAACGAAUGUGAAACAACGAUGUGAAAACAACGAAUGUGAAAGAGAUGGAAGAAAGCAAAAAAUGCACAAGAAGGCAUGAUCGCCCCAGUAAAACUAGAACUACCUGAGUAAAAAGACGAUGCAGCUCUGUUGGAAUCCAUGAUCGCCCAUUGAAGGUUUCUAACAAGCAGCACAGCAGGAUCUUCACAAAAAAUCGAAGAAGGCUAAAGCAAAAAUAGCUGCAUCGUCACGAGAAACUACUACAGAGAU